AUGAUAUGUGAUUGUAGUAUACGUCAACCCAAUGAAUUUGUUGGCGAGAAUGAAAAAUUAUAUGUUUAUAAAGAAAUAGCUGAAGAUAGUGAAGUUUUCGAAUUUAUGAAAGGAUUACUAUGUGAAAAAAAUUAUAUUGCUACUGUUGGUCCUCGUCAAUGGCCUACGCUUGUGAUUCAUGGGUAUAUGUUACGGAUACCGCAAUACUAUUUUUAUUUUUUACAAUGUAUUAUGGAUGCUACUGAGAUACGUACAGUGAUGAUGGGUGUUAUUUCGUGGAGAUAUCGGUUUCAUUGUGUGGAUAAAAUUAAAUUUGAUAUAUAUCCGCUGUCAUCAACGUAUGCUGAAGGACGACGGAAGUUUAAAGUACCCGGUAUAGGUGUGCGUGUUGAAGGAAUACAUAUCACUAUGCCUGUUGAUGGUGGGGAGAUUCGUGAAAGAAUAACGGGCGUGGUUAAUCGUGUGAUAAGAACAGUAUGUUUAGAACAUUAUAUGUCAAAGAAAGAUAUUAAUAUUACGUAG